AUGUCUUCCACCAGCCACGUGCCGAAUAUCAACCCUACCAACAUGGAUCGCACCUCAGUCCUUGUCUCCCAUACAGAGCCCAGACUCUAUCACAAUGGCGUUGCCUCCGAAGGGGUCAGACUGAGCUUCGAUGGCGAGAGCAUAGUAGUCAACAAGACGGUACUGACGAAUGCCUCGGAAGUGUUCGCCGCCGCUUUCAACGGCAACUUCUCAAACACUGCUACCCAAGAAUAUACCAUCGAGGGUUAUAGCAAGUCCACGGUCCUCGAACUACUGAACCAUAUAUACGACACCAAUACCGACUUUGGCAUCAUAUGGUGGGAGAGUCUUGACAAUGCAGUCAAAAAAGAUGCUUGCUACCAUUUGAGAGAGGUCCUACUCAUCGCAGAUGAAUACGGCCUCCCUGAGCUUGGAGAACAAGUUCGCAUGGCAAUAGUUGAGAUCAGAGAGAACGCCUACAGCAAAUUAGGCUACUCCGGUAGAGAUCGUACCCAUGACGCCGCGCACGAAAUCGCAGUCAACACAAUGCGCGACAUGGUCAUUGAUCUCUACAAGAACAACUACAUUCCAGACAUGUCCUUGAUGGAAGACGUGGCCUGGCAAUGCGCUUACAACUCUCUCUACGAGGACCACUCCGCGAUGUACCAAAAAGCUGAUGUUGAAGGUCCAGACCAGGUCACACGCAAUCAGUGGGUUGCCAAAGCUCCUGAAUAUGAAGAGUUGGUGCGAGUUAUGCACCUGGUCGAGGAUAGGCACAUUGACUUUGAUGAUGAUUACGACUAUUCUGAGGACUCUGGUUUUGGCAGGGAUUGA